AUGGCUGCCAUAUUUGUGUCUAUCCCACGGGCCUUUAGGGGCUAUCUGUGUCCACCUCUCUCAGUAAGGAGGUUCAGCAAAAGAGCAGAUGAGAAUCGUUCCCUGGCUGGUAAAGUGGCUGUGGUCACUGGUUCUACGAGAGGGAUUGGCUUUGCCAUCGCCAGGCGUCUGGCCCAGGAUGGGGCGCAUGUGGUCGUCAGCAGCCGGAAGCAGGAGAAUGUGGAUGAAGCAGUGACCAUAUUGAAGGAGGAGGGGCUGAGUGUGACUGGCACCAUGUGCCACGUGGGGAAGGCUGAGGACCGCCAGAACCUUGUGACCACAGCCCUGAAGCAUUCUGGGGGCAUUGACUUCCUUGUGUGUGUGGCCGGAGUCAAUCCUCUGGUGGGAAGCACCCUGGGAGCCAGUGAACAGAUCUGGGACAAGAUCCUGGAUGUAAACGUGAAGUCCCCAGCUCUGUUGCUAAGCAAGGUGCUGCCCUACAUGGAGAACAGAGGGGGAGGCAGUGUUGUUCUUGUGUCCUCUGGAGUGGCUUAUGUACCAGUUCCAAAGCUGGGCGUCUACAACACCAGCAAGACUGCUCUGUUGGGACUCAGCAAGUCUCUGGCUGUGGAGCUGGCUCCGAAGGGCAUCAGAGUCAACUGCCUAGUGCCUGGAAUUAUCAAGACUGACUUUAGCCUAAGGGAGAAAACAAUGCCGAACAUGCUGCCUGACAUGAAUAAAAUCUUCGGAGUGCAGCGGUUAGGGGAGCCGGAAGAAUGUGCCGGGCUUGUAUCCUUCCUGUGUUCCUCAGAUGCCAGCUACAUCACUGGGGAGAACAUCAUGGUGGCUGGCUUCUCCUCUAAGCUGUGA